AUGGCCGCCGCGGCGCCGAGGAAACCAACGUCCACGGACGACGUGCCGCUGAACGUCAAGUUCGCCACGGCGGGCUUGGGCGGCAUCAUGGGCUGGAUGUGCGUGCACCCCUUCAACACGGCGGCCGUGCGCAUGAACCUGGCGUCGACGCAGCCGAACUACCAGCCGACGGGCUUCGUGGCCUUCUUCCUGAAGACGGGCAAGGAGCGCGGCUACGCGUCUUUCUACGACGGCAUCGGCGCGGGCGUCAUCCGCCAGAUCUUCUACGCGACGAGCCGCUUCGGCCUCUUCGAGACGUUCCGCGACGCCAUCGCCGCGCGGCGCGAGAUCGGCGUCGCCGAGCGCCUGGCCGCGGGGCUGGCGUCCGGCGCGUGCGCGGCGGUGAUCUCGUGCCCGGCGGAGGUGAGCCUCGUCCGCCUGUCGAACGACGCGACGCUGCCGGAGGCGGAGCGGCGCAACUACAAGUCGCCGUUGGACGCCGCGGCGCGCAUCGCCCGCGAGGAGGGCGUCGGCGCCUUCUGGCGCGGCUGCUCCCCCUUCGUGCAGCGCGCGAUGCUCGUGGGGGUCACGCAGGUCGGCACGCUCGACCAGGCCAAGGCGUUCUACGACGACUCCUUCGGCAUCCCCAAGGGCACCUACGGCAACGUCUUCGCCGCGUCCAUGACGUCCGGCCUGCUCUACUCGCUCAUCACCAUGCCCUUCGAAUCCGCGAAGAAUCGCAUGGCCUUCCAGAAGCCCGACGCGAACGGCGUGCUGCCCUUCCGGUCCACGGCGCAGACGAUCCUGUCCGUGGCCAACGCCCAGGGGCCCCUCGCGCUCUGGAACGGCUUCCCGCCCUACUACCUCCGCUGCGGCGGCCACACGGUCACCAUGUUCAUCUUCGUCGAGAUGCUCCGCUCCGCGUACCAGUCGUCCAAGUAG